CUGGAAUCGUCCGGAGUCUCCAGCCCGCCAACAGGGCAGACAAUGCAGGACCGCCUUCUGAUAAGGGAGGGCGUCCCUACGCGCUCCCACCUCGCAGUGCUUGCACCAUGCUCAAAACCUACCCGACGACCUUUUUACUGCCAAAGCGACUGAAUCUGGUGUCUCUGGUGGGCCGGCGUGAUCCCGACUUUGCAGGUAGCCAGAGGAGCAGCCUCUCAACCGACGCCUCGCUCCCCGCGCAACCAGACCCUCGACAGCCCAUCCUCCUUGUCUCGCACCAGGCGACAAUGGCCCAGUCGCAGUCGAACAGUCCGCCUUCCCCACGCCCAAAGGUGGCUUACUUUCCUCUAGGGUACAAAGAGGCUGCACAGCAAUGGUGGACAUGUGUAUCUUCUCGCCAGGCCGAGCGCAACGUCCUCUCCUACGUUCCCUUCAUUCGAGAAGCCACCUCCGAAAUUACCAGUUCACAGUUACAAGACCUCGCCAAGAGCGAUCCUUUCGGGCAGAGAAUAUGGAGGUCAUCCAUGGUCCAACUCGCGGGGAAGAACCGUGCGCUCAACGAGCUGGCCAUUGAACGUGUCGGCGAGCAAGCCGACGACACGCUUGUAAUGCUGCACGGCUACGGUGCUGGUUUGGGCUUCUUCUAUAAGAACUUUGAGCCGCUGAGCCGGGCGCCGGGCUGGAAGCUCUACGCGCUGGACAUGCUGGGAUACGGCAACUCGACGAGGCCAAACUUCAGAAUUCACGCCAAGGACCCCAAGGAAAAAAUCGCCGAGGCAGAGGGCUGGUUUAUUGACGCGCUUGAAGAAUGGCGCAAGGCCCGAAACAUAGACAAGUUCACCUUGCUCGGCCACUCAUUAGGCGGCUACCUGGCUGUCUCAUACGCCCUCAAAUAUCCCGGCAGGUUAAACAAGCUCAUUCUCGCUUCGCCCGUCGGCAUUCCCGAAGACCCAUGGGCCGUCAACGCCGAAAUGCCCGAGCCCGGAGAAUCCACACUGGAGAACGAGUUCACCCAGGACCAAGAGAGCAUUGUCAAAGGUGAGCCCGCCGGCGCCAACGCCGCCUUCGUCCGCGCGUCCCCAGCCGACAAAAAGGCGGCCGCCUCCCAGCCCGACAUCACCACGACCCCGCCCAAGCGCCCUAUCCCCAACUGGCUCGUCUGGCUGUGGGAUGCCAACGUCUCCCCGUUCAGCAUCGUCCGCCUGGCCGGGCCCCUAGGCCCCCGCUUCGUCUCGGGCUGGACAUCCCGCCGCUUCAACCACCUGCCUCCGGACGAGAAGGAGGCCCUGCACACGUACUCGUACGCGCUCUUCCGCCAAAAGGGCAGCGGCGAGUAUGUCCUGCCCUACCUCCUCGCUCCCGGCGCAUACGCCCGCAGCCCGGUCAUCAACCGCAUCCGGGAGGUCGGGCGGCAGGUCAUCCAGCCCGCCACCGAGACCACACCCGCCAUCAGGGAGACGGGGCUGCCGGUCGUGUUUCUAUACGGCGAGAACGACUGGAUGGACGUCGCGGGGGGUUAUGCCGCCGAGGAGAAGCUGAAGCAGCGGUCUCGCGAGGUGCUGUUGCACGGCACCGUGGAGGAGAAGAGGAACGAGAAUGGGAGCGCCAAGGUCGUCGUGGUGAGAAAGGCGGGACACCAUCUCUAUCUGGAUAACCCGGAGGAGUUCAAUUACAUCAUCAGGAAAGAGAUGGAGGAUACCCGGCAGAGGACGUUGAAGUUGAAGGAGAUGGCCAAAGAGUAGAGCGUGCCGGGACAACAGAACCAGCCGGGCGGGUUUAGACGUUGAUGGUGUUCGGAAGGCGUUGAGGAGUGCCGUCCGCUGUGUUUAGACAUGAUUGACUGAGCGGGUUUAUCUAGAGCGUGGCUUACAAACAUACUGCACCAGGUGUGUUUUCACAUUUGUCUUACACGUUGAAUAAAUAGCUUGCGGUUGAUGCUCGCAUGUAAGAUAGAAGAAUCCAUGAUCCAGACAUGGGGGAGAGUGGGACGUGUCCUGAGAAGAAAUUAUGAGGGAGUGGAGAGGAACAAACAGAAAAUGGGCAAGUGCUAAUAAGUCAAUCAGACUAAGAAAACGGAGGCGGCGGUAUCACAGAGAGGUGGACAGCCUUUCGUAAUGCUUUGUCUCCACCCACCUUCACUAGGUACCGAGAGUUCCGAGUGAGUGGUGGCUAGGUUGUAGGUGGUUUUUGAAACUCAACCCUUAAAC